AUGGUUGAUCGUCGUUUACUUAUUAUUUUCUUAGUUACAGUACUGUUUGUUUCAGUCUUACAUGCUGAACGUGCUCGUAAUGAUCAUCUUCAAGAUGCAGAAGAACAACAAGAAGAAAGAGAUUUCUCAGCAGAUGAGAAUAAUGAUAUUUAUGAAGAAGAUGUUAUUGAUACCAUUAAACGCUUUUUGGGAAAGAAAAAAACAACUACUACUCCAAGACCAAGUUCAGAUUCACUUAUAGCUUUAUUUACAACUAAACCUACUAUAACUUCAUCAAGGCCAACAAAACCAUCAAUUUAUGAUGGUGGGUUCGGCAGAAAAACAAGUCAUCGCAGUACCCCUCGUUAUGGAGGAUAUGGUAGUACAACAAAAUCACCAGGUAAAGAUGCAUGUGGAUAUGUCAGUCCAUGUAAGAAUGGUGGUAGUUGCAAAACAUUAUCAAGUGGACGAUACUAUUGCUUUUGUACACAAGACUAUUAUGGAAAAAAUUGUGAAAAGAAAUUUAUAUCAACUGGUUCAGCUAAUGCUGAUCGUGGACGUACAGAUCAUUGUGCUAAGUCACCUUGUCGUAAUGGAGGUGAAUGUGUUGGAUUACGUACAACAUUCUAUUGUCGAUGUAAAUCACCUUACUAUGGAACAAAUUGUGAUAAACGUAUUGGAAAACGUGAAGAAAUUAUGGAUGAAUCAAACGCAUCUGAACAGGAAUUAGAAGCAUAUGAACGAGAUUUAGCAGAAGAUACAGAAGAUUUACGACGAGCUAUUGCUGAUGAAAAUUUACUUGAAAAUUUUCAAUAG